GCCUGGGCGGAUGUCUCCGGCGCGUCCGUGCACGGGGCUGAGGGCCGUGGUGGCUGCCAGCAUGGGGUUGAGCGAGGGGCCGGCGGGCUCCGCCCGGAGCGGGCGCCUUCUCCGUCCGCCGAGCCCCGCUCCGGCGGCGCCGGGGGCUCGGCUGUUCCGGCUCCCGGGGAGCGGGGCCGUGCGGGCCUCAAACCCGGAGCGCGCCGGCUGGACCGAGGCGCUGCGGGCCGCCGUGGCCGAGCUGCGCGCCGGCGCCGUGGUGGCCGUCCCCACCGAUACGCUGUACGGCCUGGCCUGCUCGGCGAGCUGCUCGGAGGCACUGGGCGUCGUGUACCGCGUCAAGGGCCGCAGCGAGACCAAGCCGCUGGCUGUGUGCCUGGGCCGCGUGGCCGACGUCUACAGGUACUGCCGUGUGAGAGUACCGGAGGGGCUCCUGAACGACCUGCUGCCAGGACCAGUGACCCUGGUGAUGGAACGCUCGGAGGAGCUCAACAAGGACCUGAAUCCCUUCACUCCUCUUGUAGGCAUCCGUAUUCCUGACCACGCCUUCAUGCAGGACUUGGCCCAGGUGUUUGGGGGACCGCUUGCUCUCACCAGCGCCAACCUCAGCUCCCAGACCAGCUCUCUGAAUGUUGAGGAAUUUCAGGAUCUCUGGCCUCGCUUGUCCUUGGUCAUUGAUGGGGGACCAAUUGGGGAUGACCAGAGCCCUGAGUGUCGACUAGGCUCAACUGUGGUUGACUUGUCUGUGCCUGGAGAGUUUGGCAUCAUUCGUCCGGGUUGUGCCCUAGAAAAUACUUCAGCCAUCCUCCAGAAGUAUGGGCUGCUCCCCUUACGUGGAUCCUGCCUGUGAAACUCCGAAGGAGGGAGGGCCCAAGGACUGGUGCUGGACACUGUGUGUCCGACUGCUGGUGGCUGGCAAGGCCUCAUUGGCAGAGGCCACUGGGGCUACAGUGUUACUAGUCUGACGUUUUAAGGCAAAGUUUCUUUCUGAACACUAUAGACCAGGCCUCAGAAGCUGCUGGUUAAGCCUCACACCUGGUUGGGGAGGUUAUAUUUAUUUAUAAUUUCAUAUAUGAGCCAGAAGCUGAACAGAGGUUUUAAGAGCAUUCCGAGGAUGGCCUUGUUCUGGUAAGUUUUUUCUUUUUUUUGAUCUUAAAAAAUAAAUAACAGAUUUGGAAUCUA